AUGACAGAGUCAUCCCGAACGUCGACAUUUAUGGUACCUCAGAUGACGGUGGAGGAUUUACUGCAGAGAGGUGCAGAACCCAACCUGCUGCUCAAUGAAGGCGUGGCCGCGGUGUAUCUGGCUGCAGGGAAGGAAUCAGAAAAAGGACUGCGGUGCCUUAAAGUGCUCCUGCAGAACGGCGCUGAUCCAAACCUCAGGUCUGGUGAGGAUCUGACUCCGUUACACAUCGCUGCGUUAUGGGGUUGUUAUCAGAACCUCAAACUCCUGCUGAAGAACGGAGGAGACCCGAGUCUGAAAGACCAGGAUGGGAAUAAGGCAGUUGAUCUGGCAGAACAGGGGGAAAACAGUAAAUGUGCCAGCAUCCUUCAGGAAUACGAGUCUCACACACCCCAAGCUGAACAUGAGGAUUUGCCCAAAUUCCAAUACUCGCUCUACUCAGGCCACUCGGUGAGAGACUGCAGCGGGAACCUGACACAGAUGAGUGAUUUCGGAGACGAGCUGCUCAGCAGCACCCGAUAUUCCUCGUUUUACCGUAAAGCAGAAAGUAACGGGCUGCCAAGGGCCAGAGACCCUCACGAGUCCUGGCUCUCCGAUAUCUCUGGUUUUACUGCACAUGAUAGUGACGUGUUUAACAGAGAAGAAGUGGGCGGUUCUCUUCCUCCGGUUCUCUCCAGUACUCGCCUGUCAGGGAUGGACUUUAAGAAGAGUACAGAAGUGGUCCAGCCAGCUUGUUUUCUCACAGCAAGCCAGAAAAGCGUCACGUUCAGAGAUUACGAUGAGUAUUUUCCAGAUUUGAACCAAAACAAUGAUGACAUCUGGAACUCCACGGACUCGACGGUCGAUUUCUCGCUGUAUCCCGACUUCUUGCACUCGGAGCGCAUGACUACUGUGCUGCAGAAUCAGGGGAUUGACGUGACGUCUCCAGAUGAUGUGUUUGUCUUCUGCAGAGAUGGAAACACCACAGACAAUUUUGAUAAGACUGUAGUGGGAGGGACGGCUCUGGGGGAGGACGACGGAGAUGAUGGAGAAGACGUGUUUGUUGCUAAGGUUGAUUCGCUGAAGUGCGCCGCUCACUCCGCUGCCAGCAGCAGCAGUGGGUCGAGUCAGUACAGCAGCUGCGACAGCGAGCCGUACAAGACUACCAUCGAAGCACCUUUAUCUUCUGAAAACAUUGCACCAUCAGAAAAAGAUGGACAGACAAAAGGAAGUCUGGACUCUGACAAGAAGGAAGAACUUAAUUUACAGUUGCAAGCAUGCGAUGAAAAAACGAGUGAGCUUUCCUUCACUCCGAGUCCGUUCAUCACAGGCAGGACCCGUUCACGGCUCAGUCGCUGCUCCCAGAGAAACAGCACAUCGUCUUUUUCCUCCUUGUCUCUUUUUGAACAGACGCUCCCUACACCAACGCGAGUGCGCCGCGAUGUUACUCAAUCAGACAAACGUAAACAGAGACGUCCCUCUGAAGAAGACAAAGGAGCACAUCUUGAUUCCAAAAUGGCCAAUCUCUGCGUUUCUUCUCAACUUCAUGGAAGCCAAGCGGAUACUCUGAUUAUCUCUGGAAGCAUGGCAGAUACCAUCAUCAUUCCGAGAGGUGCCACUGAGGAUGCUUUAGAAGGUGGAACAUCAUCAUUAUGCCACCAAGAGGAGGAUGUGUUCACUGAAGACGAGGAGUUUUUAACUUCAGAUGUUUCCACAUCAGAUGCAGAAAUACACAGAAACACCAAUUCUCAAGAGUCCAGCUCAGAGUCAGGUUCCAGCUUGAGUCAAAUCCUCGAGGUUCCAUCCACCGGCUGCACACCGAGAUACAGCAUGAGCCGAAUCUGCAACCGUUCCCAAACUCAGUCACUCGCAAACCUGUCCUACACCCCCGGAGGACGUCCUCUCAUCACUGACGUGGACGAACCGGUGGAGUAUCUUUACACUGAUACUGAGGAGGGGCAUGAGCUGAUCGAGACACACGUCCCUCCAAUGUCCAACACAUCUAUAAGCUCCUCUGUCAGCGAGGAGACCGUUAUUUACGACUGGCACUCGUUACAGGCUGCAGCCAAAAGUCCAGAGAAGGGAAAAGAAAACCGCAGUCCUAAUGAAGUGAUGGAGAGCGCGAAUAUCUCUGAGAUGGAAGGGUUAACAGACCGAGAGCUCAGGCGCAAACUCGUCGAACUGGGAGAGGAACCCGGACCCAUCAACAGAAACACGGGCCGUCUGUACGUUCAGAAAUUACGAACACUGCAGAAGGAACGUGUUGCUGAGAAAUCAGCGCAGGAUGAACAGAACACAAUCGCCGGUUACAGUCCGGAGAUGAAUAAAGUGUUGUGUUCGUUCAACCUGCCUGACUGUAAAGCUGAUGAGUUUGCGCUGUGUGAGCAGUUCGAUCAGCCUGAUCAAAAUAAACGCUGGCGUGAAGGUGUCAUAAAGUCCAGCUUUAACUACCUGUUACUUGACCCCAGAGUGUCGAAGAAUCUUCUAUACCGCAGUCAGUGGAUGACUCCCCACGAGUGUUUCCAGACUUUCAUCAGCUCCAUUUUCUACGUGGGAAAAGGCAAACGCUCUCGACCGUACAGCCACCUGUAUGAAGCUCUGGAGUAUUUCAAAGGAGACAAAUCAUCCAGGAAACUCUGCUCGAAGGUGCAGCACAUCCUGCAGGUGUGGAACUGUGGUCACGGUGUUAUCUCGUUGCACUGCUUCCAGAAUGUGAUUCCUGUGGAGGCGUACACACGCGAGGCCUGCAUGGUGGACGCCAUCAGUUUGAAGAUGUUGACCAAUCAGAAGCGAGGGGAUUAUUAUGGGAUGGUCUCCACCUGGCCUGCUAAGAGGCAGCGUGAGCUCGGGAUUCACCUGCUGUACAGAUCCAUGCAGAUUUUCCUGGCUGAGGGAGAGAGACAGCUCCGGCCGGCUGAUAUCAGGCAAUGA